UUGAGAGCCCCCCAUUCCGUCCUUCCGCCAAACUCAGCGGCGAUUUCUUCAAAGUCUGUCUCUCAUUUCCGCCGCCGCACCUUUAUACUCUCCCUCCGCUCUCAUUUCUCCACCACUUCACUUUCUCUCUCUAAAUUCCAAAUUCUCUCACUCUCGGAGGAAGAAUGGCUCAGGUGGUGGCUACUCGCUCGAUUCAGAGCUCGUUCCCGAGCCCUAGCUGCGGAUCACUCAACAGAAGAGUGGAGAAGCUCAAGCCGGCUGGCUUCGGCUCCACAUUGUUGUCUCGGAGUGGGCGGAGCAAAAGCUCUAAAGCUGUGCGGAUUAAUGCGCCUGUGAUUACUGCCAAGCUAUCUGCACGCGCUGAGCCCCAAGUCCUCCCCGUGUCUCCUGCCGAUGUUUCCCAGGAUGAAGAACAAAUUCAGUAUUUACAGACAGUUCAGCAACUUGGUAACACUUCAGUGGGUAUGUGGUCUAAACCCAUAGUGAGGCGUAAAACAAAGAUCGUUUGCACAAUUGGUCCUUCUACCAACACAAAAGAAAUGAUCUGGAAGCUGGCUGAGGCUGGAAUGAAUGUUGCUCGUCUCAACAUGUCUCAUGGAGACCAUGCUUCUCAUCAAAAAGUGAUUGAUUUGGUUAAGGAAUAUAAUGCCCAAUCAAAAGACAAUGUCAUUGCCAUCAUGCUUGAUACCAAGGGUCCUGAGGUUAGGAGUGGUGACUUACCCCAACCAAUCACUUUAAAAAGUGGACAAGAAUUCAGUUUCACAAUUCAAAGGGGUGUUGGCACAGCUGAUUGUGUCAGUGUGAACUAUGAUGAUUUCAUAAAUGAUGUUGAAGUUGGGGACAUGCUUCUUGUUGAUGGUGGCAUGAUGUCUUUGAUGGUGAAAUCCAAGACGAAAGAUUCAGUGAAGUGUGAAGUUGUUGAUGGAGGAGAGCUUAAAUCUAGAAGACAUCUUAAUGUUCGAGGCAAAAGUGCCACACUUCCAUCUAUUACUGAAAAGGACUGGGAUGACAUCAAGUUUGGAGUGGACAAUAAAGUAGACUUUUAUGCUGUUUCUUUUGUCAAAGAUGCUGCAGUGGUUCAUGAAUUGAAGAAUUAUUUGAAAAGCUGUGGUGCGGAUAUUCAUGUUAUUGUCAAAAUUGAGAGUGCAGAUUCCAUUCCAAAUUUGCAUUCAAUAAUAACUGCAUCUGAUGGGGCAAUGGUUGCAAGAGGUGAUCUUGGUGCAGAGCUACCAAUCGAAGAUGUCCCAUUAUUGCAGGAAGAAAUAAUCAGGAUAUGCCGCAGUAUGGGAAAAGCUGUAAUUGUUGCUACAAAUAUGCUAGAAAGCAUGAUUGUUCAUCCAACCCCAACCCGAGCAGAGGUAUCAGAUAUUGCCAUUGCAGUCAGAGAAGGUGCUGAUGCUGUUAUGCUUUCUGGUGAAACAGCUCAUGGAAAGUUUCCCCUGAAAGCCGCUAAAGUUAUGCACACUGUCUCCUUGAGGACUGAAGCAACCAUAGUUGGUGGCGAAACAUCACCCAAUCUAGGCCAAGCCUUCAAGAACCAUAUGAGUGAAAUGUUUGCUUUCCAUGCCACCAUGAUGUCUAACACACUUGGAACCUCUAUCAUCGUCUUUACAAGAACUGGUUCCAUGGCCAUUUUACUGAGCCACUUUCGACCUUCAGGCACUAUUUUUGCCUUCACAAAUGAGGAGAGGGUACAACAGAGAUUGGCUUUGUACCAAGGUGUAUGCCCAAUUUAUAUGGAGUUCUCCAAGGAUGCUGAGGAGACUUUCACAAACGCAUUGUCAAUGUUGCAGAAGCAAGGGAUGGUGAAGGAAGGAGAGCAGGUAGCGCUUGUUCAGAGUGGCACACAACCAAUCUGGCGACUUCAAUCCACUCACAACAUUCAACUUAGGAAAGUUUAAAGCCUUUCAUUUCAUUUCAUUUCAAUUGGAACCCCUUUUUUUUUCUUCCAUCCUAGCUAUUUUUUUUUGCCCCAACUCAUGUUGCAUGUUACUUCUGUAAUAUGUUGCUCUACGUAUUGUGCUUUCUAUUCAAUGCAAGUAAUGAAUAAAACCAUUCAAUUUACUUUAGUAUUGUGCUUUCUAUUCAAGGCAGUAAUGAAUAAAACCAUUCAAUUUA